AUGGCAAAGUUCGUCGUUUUCUGUCCAGUCAUAGUUGUUGGGUUUUUCUCUGCUGUGGUUGAUGUUGAAAUCGACGUCGAGUGGAUUUUCUUUGCUGUGGUUGACGUUGGAAUCGACGUCGAGUGGAUUUUCUUUGCUGUGGUUGACGUUGAAAACGACGUCGAGUGGAUUUUCCUUGCUGUGGUUGACGUUGAAAUCGACGUCGAGUGGAUUUUCUUUGCUGUGGUUGAAGUUGAAAUCGACGCCGAGUUAGCAGCAAGGCACACUCCAAGAAUUGCUGUGCUAGUCACAAUGGGGAAAAUGCGAAUCAUCAUUUCAUAA